UGGAUCUGCGGCUUAAAAUUGGAAGGGAUGUUGGUAGAAGAAGUAGUUACUACUGCAAGAAGUGGAAUAGUUUGAUUUAAGCUGAAGUGGAGUUAAGUUUUGCCUAAGCGGUUAUGUUUUUUGAAAGUGAGGCGGAAUGUCCAUUUGCUAGCGUGUUUUCUUUAAAACGGUAUUUUUCCAGACACUGUUCAUUCUUCAAUGAUUACGUCUUGUGUAAAGUGUGAUCUGUGCUGGACAAAUGAGUCUUCUGCUGUGAACAUUUCUGUUUUAGUUUCUAUCUGAAAGGCAAGGUCAGGUGGAGAGAUGUUAGCACGAGGUUUGACUGUUGUGAAGUUCAUAAUAACGUUAUAAUUGUCCUUGGACAGUAAUAGAAUAUGCAGAAGAUUUCUGAAAAAAAUUAUACAUAUGUGUGUAACUGGGAAAUACAUUCUGUCCCCAGCUCUUGUCUCUCUACACAUGACUAAUGGAGAUCAUGCCCUCGCAUUGCCCAGGCCUGAUUAAAGGGUGCUUGCUUUCUGAAGUUUUUUCUAAAAAAACUCCAAAACGAGUUUUAUUUGCCAUCAAUUUCAGUAUCAAUGUGGCCCCUAAAGCAUUGCAUUUCUGUUGCAGUUCUACAAGCUUAAGAGAUGCAGGGGUUUUUCUUAGUCCUGCAAUUGCCUCAGUUGCCACUUGAGUUUCUGUAUUAGUUAUGUAUUCUGUCUGGAAUCCUUAACAUAAGAAGGAUAUGGAGCUGUUGGAAGGGGCCCAGAGGCAGACUAUACAAGGAUGAUCAGAGGGCUUGAGCGCCUCCAUUAUGAAGACAGGCUGAAAGAGUUGGGGUUGUUCAGCCUGGAGAAGAAAAGGCUCCAAGGAGAUCUUAUAGUGACCUACCAGUACCCGAAGGGGCUACAAGAAAGCUGAGGAGGGACUGUUUACAAAGGCAUGUAGUGAAUAGGACUAGGGGGAAUGGGUAUAAAUUGGAGAGGGAAAGAUUUAGACUAGACAUAAGGAGGAAUUUCUUCACAAUGAGAGUGGUGAGACACUGGAACAGGUUGCUCAGGGAAGCUGUGGAUGCCUCAUCCCUGGAGGUGUUGAACACCAGGCUGGAUGGGGCCUUGAGCAGCCUGAUAUAGUGGGAUGUGUCCCUGCCUGUCACAGGGGUGUUGGAACUGAAUGAUCUUUAAUGUCCCUUCCAACCUUAACUAUUGUAUGAUUCUGUAUUUAAAAAUCUUAUCUCGCAUUCCAGCUCAGCUGUGCCUGUUUAUACUCGUUAUUUCACUGACCAUAAUGGAGGGAGUGAAAAAUCCAGUUGCAUUGUAGGUAUCAUCUCAUGGCACACAAGAUGAAGCAGGAAAUCUGAAACUCUCAUUGCUGAGGUUAAAUUUGAAGUUGGCGGUGAGUCCUCUGAGACUUUGCCUACAUAGGGUCACUCUGGGUUUGUUAGCACUGGUAGUCAGGGCCCUAGCCCAUUUCUCUCUUCAUGUAAACAACUACAUUUCCGUAUGUUAUUCCUCAUGGUCCCAGUCUUGUUUGGUGUGAAGGAGGCUCUCAUUUGAUUUGUGAUUUGAUCCUACGAUACCUUCGUAGCAUAGAAGGAUACAAGGCUUGCCUUGUACUAACUAGCAUGCUUGAGAUUUUAUUACUAGGAUCUUGACAUCAACACUUGGUGAAAUUCGUUUGAAGUUGCUGGAAUGCUUCUUGCACGUUUUUCAGCUGAGGCAGUAGGAACAGUGUAUUCAUGUUGUUAAUUACAGGGGACCAUUUGUUCUUUGCAUUGUUAACCUUUUUAGCCCUUCCUGUUUCUGAAAUGACUUUAUGGUUGGUAGUGAACACCACAGUGCCAGAUGGAGGUUGCUGAGAGAAAGGGAAUAGGUACUGAACAAAAGUUCUGCCUGGAACUGUUUCUUUGUCAAGUGAUUAAACUGUUAAUGCAUCUGUAUUUUAGGCUGUGAUCCUAUGAAAGGUAAAGGUGAGAGGGUUGUGAAGGGGACUGUGCUAGGUAUUGGGGCCUUGAUGUGCAACUACUUUAGAACUACUCUUAUCCUUUUUUCCUUUUUUUUUUCUUAAUGUUUUUAAGCAGGUUUUGUUUGGAAGAGAUAAAAGUUUCCGCUAUGUACUUGUGUGAUGUCCAACUUCAUCUCUUGAUACUUCUUUUGUAACUCUAUGGUAAAACAACUUCUGAGAGUAUCAGUUUGGUUACCACAUCCAGAGGUUACUUUAAAGAAAAUGUCGACUGCUAAAAGUUUUUUUGAUUCUCAGAUAUUGUUGCUUAAGUUGAAGGAAGGCAGAUUGCGUAGUUGUGUGUUUCCAAAAACUCAGCAGUUCUGCAUUGGGAUUCUAAACUAUUGCACCAUAAGAAUGCCACAUAACAGAGUUAAAUUCCAGGUAUCCAAGGUAAAUGAUCAACGAUCAGUAGUAGAUCCAACUACGGCUACUAGUGCAGAGGGAACAAAAGUAGCUGCUGGAAAACAUCCCAGCGCAGUACGUGAUGGAAGCCAACAUUCAUUAGAAGCUUGUGGGUUUCUGGGUAUUUACCACUUGGGGGCAGCAGCUGCUUUUUACAAGCAUGGUAAGAAGUUACUGAAAGUUGUGAAAGCUUUUGCGGGAGCUUCUGCGGGAUCACUGGCUGCCACUGUCUUAUUAACAGUACCUGAAAAUAUGGAGAAAUGCAAGCAGUUUACCUAUGGAUUUGCAGAGGAAGUUAGAAAAUUGGACUUCGGUGCUGUAACGCCUGGUUAUGAUUUUAUGAAAACCCUUAGGGACGGCAUAGAGUCUAUUCUUCCUUCUAAUGCUCAUGAGAUAGCUGAAAACCGGCUGUAUGUGUCAGUCACUAACACCAAAAAUGGGAAAAAUCACUUAGUUUCGAGUUUUGCCUCCAGGGAAGACCUCAUUAAGGUCCUGUUAGCAAGUAGUUUCGUACCAGUAUAUGCAGGAAUGAAGCCAGUGGAAUACAAAGGAGAGAAGUGGGUUGAUGGUGGCCUUACCAAUAGCCUUCCUAUCCUGCCUGUUGGAAGAACUGUGACGAUUUCUCCUUUCAGUGGUCGGUUAGAUAUCUGUCCGCAAGAUAAAGGGCGUGUGGAUCUUUAUGUUAAAUUUGGAAAACAAGAUAUAAUGCUGUCCCUGGCCAACCUAGUAAGAUUUAAUCAAGCUUUCUUCCCACCAAACCGGGAGAAAAUGGAGUCACUGUACCAAAAUGGAUUUGAUGACGCUGUACACUUCUUACUGAAAGAAAAUUGGUUUGAAUAAAUGGUACAUAGGAAAUGAGCAAAACAUGAUGGAUGUUAAAACACAGCUACAGGCAUCUUAUGGAUUCUGAGGGAUUGCUGUCCCAAUUCCAGUUUAUGGAACUAAAAAUUCCAAUGGAAUUGCAUCUGCUUCUGCUGAGAAAGUAUGUUGCAUUCCAAAGACCUGUAUAAGCAUGUCAGAAUGGAAUUGUAUUUGCCUGAUAGCUGUCUUGUUUUGAAGAGGUUCGAGCUUAGAUACGUUUUGCUUCAGGUGAGGGCUUGAGUGUGGGAAUUGUAAAAAUGUCAUGUUUUCAUAAUUGCAGAAAUUUGGAAAAAUCUUUUUCAAUGUUAUUUAAGAGACAAAUUAAAGUUCUACCAUGGAAAAUUACAAUCUGUAUUGUUCACUUAAUAUAAUAGUUGUGUGUGCAGAUUGGAUCCUUGCAAUAUUGAUGAUCUAAUACACGUCCUGCAGAGUUCUAAGGACUUGAAUGCUUUGCACUAGCUGCAAGAAAUAAAGCAUUUUCACUCUUCUACUCUGAUAUUUGUUAUUUUUUGACAUUAAAAGUUCUUGCCUUUUUCAGUGAAUGUAGACUUUUAAACUUUGAAAUACUAGUUAAAACUUGUAACAUAAUUGUCAUGUCUGAACGUAAAAAUAUAGAAACCAUAAUGUAAAAAUAAAGGAUGUAAGAAAUUGCUAUAUUUAUUAUAUUUUCUUCUGCUAAAAUUGAA